CCGCCUCUCUUUCACCACCAACAAACCAUGCCCUCCACACCUCCCCCUCAAAGUAUCCCCCUCCCCCAGACCUUCCACCACAACACCACCACCUACAGCCACACCAUCCACUGGACCACCCUCGGCAACCCCUCCCAUCCCCCCCUAAUCUUCAUCCACGGCACCCCCUGGUCCUCCGCCGUCUGGCACGACUACGCCCUCACCCUCGCCCGCACCUUCCACGUCCACCUCUUCGACAACCCCGGCUUCGGCCACAGCCCGCUCGGCACGCCGCUCCCCUCCCACCAACACAACCCUGAAACCACCAAAACCAUCGCGCUAGACGCCGACCUAUCCGACCAAACCGCCAUCUUCGCCGCGCUGUACACCCACUGGUCCCAAAUCUGGCCGCCCGUCUACCAAAGACGCGCACAUGUGAUCGCCCACGACCACGGGGGGUUGAUGAGUCUGCGUGCACAUCUGCUACAUGGACUUCAAUAUGCAAGUCUGUGUUUGAUCAAUGUCGUGGCGCUGGGGCCGUUCGGACAGCCUCUCUUUAAGCUGGUAGCUGAGAACCAGCCGGUGUUUGAAGCGUUGACUGGGCCGGUGUUUGAGGGGAUUGUGGAGGCGUAUAUCCGGGAUGCGGCGUUUACUGAACUAAGCAAGGAGAGGAUGGAGAUGUUGAAGGAGCCGUGGGUGAGAAGGGGACAGGGAGGGCGGAAGGGGUUUGUGAGGCAGAUGGUGCAGGCGAAUUAUCGGAGUACGGAGGCGGUGGAGGGGCGAUAUGGCGAGGUUGGCGCCAAUAUGCCUGUGUUGGUGGUUUGGGGGGUGGAGGAUCGGUGGAUUCCCGUGGAAACGGCGGGGAGGUUGAGGGACAGGCUGAAUGCGAGGGAGCUGGUGUUGAUUGAGGGGGCGGGCCAUUUGGUGAUGUAUGAUCAGCCGGGGAGGUUGGGGGUUGAGCUGGGGUGGUGGUUGAAUGAGGUGCGGGGGUAG